GUCGUCUACUGUAGUAAUUGUCCACCGUAUUUUUGACGCUUCGGGUAGGAUUUACCGAAGGAUCUACGGACGCUAGUCCCGAAGCGAAUCGCCUAGGCUUGCCGCGUUGAUGCAGCCACAACCUCCUCAACGAGCAAACAACGCCGUGAGCGCAAUAGCCAUCCGACUCCUAUCGACCACCUGUAUCCUCCCUUCUCCUAGCCAAAGUACCAUUCGCACGAACUAUUCCCUCUCAUCCGGCUCCCUCAGCCCACCCCCCGAGGCUCCAUCCGCCAUGGCAGCACGAAAGCUCCAGCAGGAGAUCGAUAAGACGUUCAAGUCGGUCACAGAGCGUGUCGCCGUCUUCGAAAGCAUAUAUGACAAGAUCCAGCACAGCCAGAAUCCGUCACAGAAGGAGAAGCUGGAGGGUGAUCUGAAGAGAGAGAUCAAGAAGCUCCAGCGGUCGCGAGACCAGAUCAAGACAUGGGCCACAAUGAACGACAUCAAGGACAAGAAGCCGUUGCUCGACUACCGAAAGCUCAUUGAGACACAAAUGGAGAAGUUCAAGGCGGUGGAGAAGGAGAUGAAGACGAAGGCAUAUUCGAAAGAGGGACUUCAGCUGGCGUCCAAGAUGGAUCCAAAGGAGAAGGAGAAGCAGGAGAUACUCGAUUUCGUGUCCACAAUGGUUGACGAGCUGGAGAGGCAAAUAGAGCAAAGCGAGGCAGAGGUGGAGAAUCUUCAGGCGACGUUGAAGAAGGGCAAGAAAGACGCUGGCAAGGCCGAUCGCAUAUCCAAACUCGAAGAAUCAGUGGAGCGCCAUAAGUGGCAUCAAAGUAAGCUUGAGCUACUGCAAAGGGCGUUGCUCAAUGGCAAUGUGGAAGUGGAAGAGGUCAAGAAGGUCGAAGAGGACAUUCGGUACUACGUCGAGAGCAAUGCAGAACCGAACUUCAUGGAGGACGAUACGAUCUACGAUGAAUUCAAUUUGGACGAGGAGGAGGCCAUGUUUGGAAUGGGUGGGGAUGUGGAUCGCGUAUCAUCCCAGGACACACAAUCAGUGCAGGAAGAUACAGCGGAAUCAGAAGCUCGGCCCGGCAUAGGCGUUAAGGGCAAAGCUGCAGAAUCUACCGCAACUAGUGCACGUCGGCCCUCGACACAGCUGAAGUCACCACUCCCCGCGCUCGCGACUCUGCAUACUCCGCUGCCGGGUGCAUCUAGUUCGACAAGUGGGUUCAUGAAGCCAGCCCCCUUGCCAGCGCGAGCUCCGGGAGAGCCAUUAAAGUAUGCCUCGGCCGCCGCCGCUGCUGCUGCGAACGAUAAGAACGGAGUGGGUAUCGCACCUCUGCCACCACCUCCAGGUGUCACAGCUGCACAGUCAUCUCUGACACCGUCGGGCGCACGAACAAGCGCAACAGCCUCUCCCGCACCGUCUUACUCACAGCCUGCUCAGAAGACCCAGGCAGUUGUGGCGGACGCUCAGUCUGCGCAGAAGUCCCAACCGGUGGCACCAGAAACAGCGGCGCAGCCGCAUACUGGAAAAUCCCCGGCCGCACCCGCUGCUGUGGCUGCUCCAGUAUCGGACAAGGAGACAGUCUCGCGCGCAGCAACUGACAGUAAGAGAGUCCAAGCGCAAGAGGUUGCUGAAGAGGAGGAGCCGACCGCAGCCACCCCUGCUCUGACUAAUGGCGAGUCUCGUGGAGAGGAAGAGGACGAGGAACAAGAGUCAGUGUAUCAUCUACCGGCCAGUCUGCAAGAUCUUCUCGAGUCAUACGAGGCGACCAAGAAUGAACUUUCUGUCUCUGUUUCUAAGCCACCGGAUGAGAGACUCCUCGCCAUCUCAAUGAGCCAAGAGCCGCAGUGCGCGGACACGGAGGCGCCCCGCCAUUACCGACCACAGCAUCCAUACCCCUACACGCCGAACCACUAUCCGCAGGAACCCCUGGCGGUGUUCGACGACCCCCGAUUGUAUCAGCGGAUUGACGUUGAUACACUGUUCUAUAUGUUCUAUUAUCGACAAGGCACGUACGAGCAAUACCUCGCAGCUAAGCAGUUGAAGGCCCAAAGCUGGAGAUUUCACAAGCAGUACCAAACUUGGUUCCAACGCCAUGAAGAGCCCAAGGAGAUCACUGAAGACUACGAGCAGGGCACGUACAGGUUCUUCGACUAUGAAAGUACAUGGAUGAAUAGGAGAAAAGCAGACUUCAAAUUCCAGUACAAAUUCCUUGAAGACGAGCUAUGAGCGAGAAGUCGUAGUAGUCUGGAGAGAUCCUCUGUGACAGGGAUUUUGUUUUGGGUUCAGCUUGGCCGGGCGGCUGUGCGAUUUGCCCGUCUGGUUGCUUGUCCGAUCGCAAGGCCGAUCUGUUAAGUAGUGGAAUAGCAGCUCAUGGCCUAUCUUUGGCACAUGGACCUGGACUUACCUUGUAGCAGUGAUUCUUCCGUUCAAAUACCCAUCUCCGUGAUGGACCCAGUGCAACGGUGGAAUCUCUCUCCAUACGUACGAUAGAUAGAUGGCGCUCGUUGGUGAGUAUAAAACAACCUCGGCGUCGGAAGCGGCUUUCCUCUUCUCCCUGGACCGACGGUGAAAUCGACGUUUUGACCUUUUAGUUCGGUUCGUCCAGAACGGAGGCAUUCCCGAAUACAGAAAGCAAGGCGAACGG